AUGGGUUCUUCAAUAUCCAGCCUCCUUGUGGAACCAGCCUUACAAGAGCUGGAAAAAGUCGCCUGCAGUCACUAUGAACCAGCGUUUUGGCGCCGACACGUGGACGACAGCUUUGUUUUAAUUGAAAGGAGCAGACUAGCAGACUCUCAAGACCUGCUCAGCGGCAUCUUCCCCGACAUUCAGUCUACAGAGGAGAAUGAAAAUGCCGGAGAGUAAAUUUAACUUGACGUCCUCGUCACACGCAGACCCAAUGCAGAACUCAGCGCCACGGUGUACAGAAAGGCGACUAACACAACUCAGCUGGUUAACUACCAUAGCAAUCACUCGAUGGCGCGUAAAGGCGGUUGUGUUAGAGCACUCUUCCAAAGAGUAAAAGCGCAUUCCAAUGAACCGGAGAGGAGAGCACGGGAACUACGGCAUCUUCGGAACCAACCGGCAAGGAAUGGAUACCUAACAACAUUGUCAGCCGCCGCCUCCACACGCACCCACGGCGAACAAACGGAGGAGAGCCAUUAACACUCUGGCACCCUCUGCCAUCUAUAAAGAAUGUGUCCAAAGUAACGGAACGUAUCGCUGGCAAUGGCUCGAGCCAGCGACAAGACAAGGCAAGAACUGCGAGAGGCCUGGGUGUCUGACACCAACUCCAUCAACCGACGCGUUAAUAUGCCGUCCCAACUAUCACGCGCUUCGUCCUCGCGGCCAAAAGGCGCGACCGAAUUUCCAGCCAAAAGUGCCCGCCAUCACGACGCCGUGAAACGGGAUGGAUUCAGUUUUCUCACGGAAAGCACUUUUACUCCCCCCCUCCCCCAUUUUUAUCUGACUACAAAACUGAUUGUGUAGCGUUGCGUUCUCAGUCUCUGAUGAUAAGCUCCUCUACAAAACCGAAAGUUCAGGCUAAUACACGUAUUGUCCCGGUGAUCGUGCGUUCAUCACCCUUGCAACAAACACCUGGAACAUGCAUAUUCGCUCCUAUUCGUAAAUAGAGACUACAUUCUACUUGAUUAGCUAUGGAUGUCAUACUGUUUCGAAGGCUAUUGACUAGGUUCAGCUUAUAAAUCUCUUUAUUUGUCUCCUUGCCUCUCUUGUCUUUGUCGGUGGUGCUUUCUUCCGACUUCUCCGACGUAGUUCCUUUGUCCGCAACUGCACCAGAUCCGAUAAACGACUCCAGGAGUUUCUUACCGGGGCAGCGGGUUUUCCGGUUUCUUUAACUGAUGCCUAAUGGUUGCCUCUGGUCUGUGUGCAACUCCGACCUCAAGUGGUGCGAGAAGGCGGCUGACAGCUUCCGAAACGUUCUUGACAUAUGGAAGCGCUCGCCAUAAUUGGAUGCCCGUGCGGUUAGGCCUGUUAGUUUGAAUUCCACGCAUCUAGCCUCGGGUGUCACACACUUCGGGGCUGGUUUUGACUGACUGAAGACGGCAAAUAAGCCAGAAAUGGCCAUUUCAGUCAUCCUUAUCUUUGUCGAUAAUAACAUACUGCCUAUAUCAUGCGUCGCUGUGCGGCUGCUGGUUAGGCUCGAGAGAGAGAGCCCGCAGGGCAAAACGGGACGAGUGAGUUGCGUAAGAACGAUCGUUGUGCGACCCCUACCAUUGUAUAUUCCCGAUCGGAAACAAACAGGGCGACGGGCUCGUGGUCCAGUGGUUAGAGGCGUGGGCUUCUAACUAGCAGGUCGCGAGUUCGAGCAUCGCGUGUUUCACAGCUCGGGGUUGGGUAUGACUGGCUGACGACGACUAAUAAGCCAGAAAUGGCCAUUGCAGUCUCCCUUGUCUUUGUUGGUAAUGCUAUUCUGCCUAUAUCAUGCGCCGCUGUGCGGCUGCCUGUUGGGCUCGAGAAAGAGAGCCCAUAAGGCACAACAGAACUAGUGAGUUCCGUAAGAGCGAUCGGUGAUCGCCACUAGCAAUGAAGAAAGGUCGGCUAAAAAACAGUUCGACUGUCUUUUCCGACGAUGUUCGCAGGAUUAGGGCAGGGACGAUGACUUGCGCCCGAACUAGUUUAAAGUGCUAGUAGACUUGCGCAGCAUCAACCGCACUCAUCCGCUAUCCCCAUCUAGGUCCGGUGUCAAGACAGAGUCCAGAAUACUGGAGGCGGAAGAGGCGGAGGUGGCUGACACGGCGAGAACCCGCACCUAG